UUGUUAUGACGUUUUUAUUGACAUAAAAUGGCUCAAUAAAUAAUGUCGUAGUUACUUUACAUUUUUAAUUUUCUUUUGAGAAUUAUUAUUUGCUUGCUUGCAAUUCUACUAGAAAUGUCAUUUAUUUUGUGGCGAUCGUAUUCAAAAGCAAGAAACAAUGUUUUAUCAUGUGCAAACAAUUGCAAUUCGCUCUCAUCGAUUUACACUUAUUUUACUCGUACGUUUAGUGACGAGAAAUUUUAUGAUCCAGAAUUUACUAACAGCACGAUUUUAAUAGAGAAUGGAUUCAACGUACAUGAAUUACCAGUGGUUGUAAGGAAGUUGAAAGAUCUAGCAGAUUUAAAUGUCCCUCCGUCGACCGAAACUCCACGAGCUACAAAUGACUCUCUCAGUUAUCAUUUGAUACAAGAAGAGUUUAAGCAAUGCAUGGAUUUACGUGAAGUUUUUUCAUUAAUAACAAAAUGUACUAAAAUUACUCCGAAUAUUGCAUUAGGAGCUAUUGAAAGGAUAUAUGACUUAGAAAAAGAUGGAAACUUGUAUGUGCCAAAAACAGAAAAUAUUCAUAUAAAUUUUGCUAAAGGUGCUAUAUUAGAAAAAUUGUUAAAAGUUGUUAUGAAGACUGAAGACACCCAAACAAUACUUAAUGUACUUAGGACAACCUCAUUGGUUAUGGAACCUCAUAAACACAAGUUUUGCGAUGAGUUAUUUUUAAGAGUAAUUGACAAUAAGUUAACUUUAGAACAAUUGUGUGACUUCGCAUUGUUCCUAAUUAAAAAUAAUAAUCAACAAAAAUAUUCGGAAACUAUUGAUAAGUUGUGGGUUGGAUUUGUUGAUAAGGAGAAAGAGAUAAAUGAAACUAAUAUUGUGCAUGUCUUUGCAGUUCUGCCAGGAUUGAGAGUCAGCAAAAAAACUAUUGUAGCAUUACUAGAACAGAAAUUAUCUGAAUUAUGGUCUAAAAUCAAAGUUCAAGCUAUGCUAGAUAUUAUUAAUAUUUUCAUUACAGAAAAAUACUUUUCAUUGCAGUCUUUCCCUGUUUUGGGACAUUGGUUAUUCACAAACAUCCAUGCUUUAGAUGAUGAUGAAUUAUUAGAUAUUAUUACAAAGUUCACUCGGCUGAAGUACACAGAUCAGCAAGUUGAGGCAGCUGUUGAAAAGUUCUUGAAACAUAAAGGAUCAAAAAUCAAAUCACAGGUUUUAGUCAUAGGUAUUUUGAAUUAUUGUAUGCAGUUUCAAUUGUGCAAUCAACAUAUACUCAAUGUCUGCAGUCAAUAUUUUUUAAAUAACAUAAAACAGGUGCCAUCCAGUUUUUUAAAAUCUUUUAUAUACCCAUUUGGAUAUUUAUACUCAAAUCCUAGUCCUGAGUUUUGGAUGUCAGUGGAAGAUGUUCUUCUGGAUAAUUGUUACAAAAUUAAUACUGAUGAUCUGAGUUCAAUUAUUCUUUCGUACAUAUACUGUGGUCAAUACCCAUUGAAGUUGGUAUAUAAAAUAUUUAGUGCAGAAUAUAUAGCUAAAGUAAAUAAUAAUGAUGUUUUGAAAAAACUUCAUUUAAUUGAUACGGCCUUAUCAUUAGAGUGUAAAGAAUAUUCCGGUCCAUUAUUACCAAAAGAUCAAUGGUUUAAACCAGUGUUGCAAGACUGUAGAAUUAAAAAUAUUCUCGAAAAGAUUAAGGAUAAUAUUUUAUCUGUAAUUGGUGUAUCUAUGGAAUUAUCAACAGGUAUUGUGUUACCAAACUAUUGUUCUGAUGAAACAUACUUAAUUGAUGUAAUGUUGCACCCAGUGGGAAAAGACGAUAAUACUUUUAACUGGAAAUCUCCAACUAUAAGAAAUGGUAGCAUAGCUAUUCUCAUCCAUUUGCCUGACCAUUAUUGUUUUGAUUGUGAACAGUUAAUUGGUCCUCAGAUCAUGAAGAAAAAGCAAUUAAAAAUACUGGGUAUCAAAGUAGUAAGUUUAAAAUACACAUCACUUAGUAAGUUUUAUACAUCUCAUGAUACGGUAUCACUUCAGAAAUAUCUCACAGAGAAAAUCAACAAUGCUGAACCUUGCUCGUAAAAUUAUCUUAGUUAUAAAGUAAGUUAUAUUAAUGUAAAUAAACAGGAAUUAUAUAUAAAAUGAAAUGUAAGUACAUAAAACAUAUAUCAGUUUUAUUAUGUUCUUUAAUAUGUGGAUUAGUUGUCAGAUCAUUUGUUAAUGCACUUUUAAUCUUAUAAUGUCAUGUUUCAUGGGUUAAACUUUGGUUCACAUA